UGCUCUGAACGGUGCUUUGAUUUAAAUUAUAAUUUAUGAGGGAACAUACCAUAUACGCUACAUGUAGAUGUAUCGCGUUCAAAAUGAUUUUAAAACAUAAUAUUUGCGGAACAAUAGUUUUAUUUAUCUUAAUACAAGCAGUGGAUAGUGAAGUGAAAGGCAGCUUAACUUUUGUUAUUGACGAUACUGGAUCUAUGGAUCCAGAAAUUAGGAAACUUAUAUUGAAGUCUAGACAAGUGUUUGAAGCUGUAUUAAAGUCUAAUAGCCCUGCUAUCGAAAAUUUUGUUUUGGUUACGUUCAAUGAUCCCGUGGCCCAGUUUCGCGUGAAGACCACUAUCGCGGAUGAAUUCAUCGCAGCCCUUAAUAAGAUAGAAGCAGAAGGUGGUGGAGAAUGCCCAGAAGCGGCAAUGAAAGGAAUUGCAUUAGGAAUCAAGUCAAGUAAUCUCAAUUCUUUCGUUUACGUUAUUACCGACGCAUCUGCAGAUGACUAUGAAAACUAUGAAAAUGUUCUAUUGUUGGCAGCAAGGUUGUCGACACAGGUGACGUUCCUAUUAACUGGUCAUUGUGGGUGUGUGACUUGCGAAAAUUAUAAAGUCUAUCAUAAAAUUGCCAAUGCGACUGGAGGACAAGUAUUUAAUAUGGAAAAAGAAGAAAUCACAAAUAUAAUCGAUUAUAUAAUAGAUUCAAUGAAAUCUACGAAAUGUUUAGUGAGUCACCGGCAUUUCUAUUCGGAAGAUCAGCGAAAAUUUGAGCUUCAGUUUUCAGUGGAUGAUAAAUUAAACGAAAUUACCCUAUCAUUGGUUGGGAAAAACCCUCAACUAAAGGUAUUCUACUCCAACGGCAUCGAAGUAAUCACAUCUGUGUUGGUAACACUACAGGACACUCUGAUUCUGAAAGUGAUGAACAUAGUCAAAGGUGACUAUAUAGCAAAGGUGGAAGUAAAUGGUAAUGAAGCGGAUCUUAGUAUAAACGCAGUGUGUUCUUUCACAUUCCGAUAUGGAUUCUCACGGAUUCCAGCUAGUUCCAUGGCCAGAACAAAUCACCGUCCUACUUCAGGCGAAAAAGAAUAUCUAUUAAUAGAAAUAACGAAACAAGACGAUGAAGUGGAACUGCAUACUGUCCAAAUAAGUGAUCUUGUAGGUAAUAUAAUAAUGAAUUUAAAGUUGAAACAAGUCAAGGAUAAGUUUUAUGUGACGGAGGAUUUUGUGUCUCCAGAUCAAAUUUUCAAAAUUGCUGUUGUAGGCAAGGUUAAAAGUACUAAUCAAGAAAUAACGAGAGUUGCCCGAGCGACUGUUGAACCCGCCAAAGUGAUUUCUGUUACAAAAAGUACAACACAAGGAACAACGUCAACCACGGAAGCAAGCAUAUCGAGGGCUCCAUCUAUAGAAGAAAUAAAAAUUGUUAAAUCUGAUACCAUAUGUUUGUAUGCAUACAAGAUGCAACCGAGUCCUUUAGACUCGAAUAUGACCACUUUCUCUUACGAUCAUCAUUAUGGUGACGUAAUUUUGCAGCUUGUGCGGGAUACAAGGUUCCAAGGAAUAUGUCAUCAGCCCUCCCUGCGCUGA